GCUAUGUUGUGUUUAUUCCCAUGCUCGUUCAGCCAAUGGAGUAGUUGCGCGUGCAUAUCUCACACGGCUGUCGAUAGAUCUCAUCUGUUUCUGUAAAUGAAGACUAAGCGUGUUAAAAACUACAGGAGGACUAUUGACUUGUACGAUACUCAUUUUGGACUGAAAACUAAUCCACUUGAAAUACUGGUUGACAGUACUUUUGCACGACAAGCAUUAGUACAACAGCUUCACAUUGAGCAACAAUUCAAGUGUACACUUUCGUGCGAAUUUAUUCUGGUUACAUCAUCAUGUAUUAUUCUCGAGUGUGAAAAACUAGGUCAGUUGUUUUCCGGUGCACUACAAAUUAUUCAACAAUACAAAGUUCUGAAGUGUACACACAAAGUUCAUAAAGACACAUCUGCCUUUUCAUGCAUAAAAAGGAGAAUUCUCACUGCACGGUCAAAAAAAUGCUCCGAAACUAAGUCUAGAAAGGGUAGUUUGUUAUUUGCUCUAGCUUCUAAUGACGAGUUACUGCAACAGUAUGCCAGGACUGUCCCUGGAAUGCCGAUAUUCUUCAUUGCUCACAAGCGAAUCAAUUUGGAGUCUAUUCCUACUCCGGUUUCGUUAUUGCUUCAACAAAAGGCUACACGAGCACCGGACUUGACACUUUCAGAGGUGAGUUUUGUUAAAAGUUUCAGGUUUGUCCUAACUUCAUUUUAUGAUGCUUUAUUGGGAAAUAAAAUAGGCACUAGUUUAUUUCCCAGUCUUUCUCAUCAUGCUGGUAAGGUAUCAGAAUUACUGAAUAUUUCACUAAUUUGCUAGAGUAUAGUUGUGUUUUGUAUAUUUAGGUGUAGUUAAGUGCCGCUGAUCCUCAAUUCCUAGGAUUACAAAGGCGUUACAGUCGCUUCAAAUUAAUUUAAUUGGAGGUCUAACUAUCAAAUAAAUGUCAAGACGUCUCGUUUUUCAUAAAAUGUGCUGUUUCUUGGCCAAUUACUUGUCCAGUUAUAUCAUGUUAGUGUGAACACAUUUUCGCGAUUACCCAAAUUAUAAUCAGUGUAGUAAAAUAAAACAAUUUUGUGACAGAUUUGGUUUUUCCGAAGAAAGUUUUACACGUAGGAAGAAGACCAAAGGACCCAACCCAUUAUCGUGUAAGCAAAAAUUACACAAACCCCACAUCCUAAAAAGAACGACAACUAAACGAAAGCGAAAACGUAUCAAAAUGACAUGGGCAAUGAAGCAAGUCGUAGAACGUUUGAAAACAGAACAAAGUAGCAAAGAUGCGUGAAGUAUAUUAAACACAGAGUCCCAUUUAUUAUGUAUUUUUUUCACCCUUUACUAUCAAUAAAACCAUUCGAUAUUAUAUUUUUUCUCAGUAGUGGAGAAAAAAGGUACUUGCGUACACAACCAAUCUCAUUGCUACACCAUAAUAUGAUACAUUAUCAUAAGAAUUUUAUUUCAGACAAAAUCUUAUGAAGUAACUAUACAAUAUUGUACAAUUUAGAUACAUUAUAUUCACAAAUAUAUGUACAUCGACGACCAAA